CAUAAAAAAACAACCGUUACUUUCACACGCUGGCACCUAUAUAAACCCUAAACCCACCUCAGAAAAAGGGGUUUUGCGAAGGGUUUUACAAACACACACACAAUGAGCUCCAACACGGUGCCGCCUCAUCGGACAACCGCUCCUGAUUUUUCGCCGCUGAACGAGAUGGUGCGGCACCACAUCGAGUCGUUCGAUCACAUGAUUGAUUUUGGCCUCGAAACCAUGGUCAAGAAUAUCAAGCCUGUCGAGGUUUUCGAUACCGCAGCGAACAAGAAAUUGAGAAUAUGGCUUCGAAGUCCGGUGGUUUACCCGCCUCAGAAGGAUAGCAGGGGGAAGAGUACUACAGCUACUCUAAAUCCUUUUGAAUGUAGACAAGCUAGAAUAUCUUAUGACGGAAAGCUUAUGAUGGAAGUAUGCUUUCAAUAUGACGAUUCAGCUGCCGUUUUGAAAGAAACGUUUAACUUUGGGCAGCUUCCUAUAAUGUUGAAGUCAAAUAAAUGUUCCUUGAGAAAUGCAGAUCCCAAAAAAUUGGUUUCGCUAAAAGAAGAAGCUUCUGAAGCGGGUGGGUAUUUCAUAUUGAAUGGGCUCGAGAGAGUUAUCCGCCUUCUAAUAUUGCAGAAACGGAACUAUCCUAUGAGCUUUGUUAGAAGUUCCUUUCGUGAUCGAAGAGAAGGAUACACUGACAAAGCUGUUGUAAUAAGAUGUGUUAGAGAAGAUCAAUCUGCGGUAACAGUUAAGCUGUACUAUCUUAGUAAUGGUAGUGCAAGACUUGGAUUCUGGGCGCAGGGGAAGGAGUACAUGCUUCCUGUGGGUCUUGUUCUGAAGGCUCUUGCUGACACCACGGAUCAAGAGCUGUAUGUUAGUUUGACUUGUUGUUAUAAUGGGAAGUACGAGAGGGUAAAGGGAGCUGUUGGCACUCAGCUUGUGGGUGAAAGGGUAAAAAUUAUUCUUGAUGAAGUUCGGAACUUGUCUCUUAUAACUCACAAACAGUGUCUACAGCAUAUUGGAAAGCACUUUCAACAAAUUAUGCAUGGAAUGCACAAAGAAAGUCACACUGUGGUUGGUAAUGCAGUUCUAAAGGAAUACAUAUUGGUCCACCUUGAUGAUAAUAGAGAUAAAUUCAAUCUUCUAAUUUUUAUGCUACAGAAACUUUUUUCUCUUGUAGACCAGACAUCUGUACCAGACAACCCGGAUGCAUUACAAACUCAGGAGGUGCUACUGCCGGGCCACUUGAUUACUGUUUAUCUUAAGGAAAAACUUCAAGAAUGGCUACUCAGGGCCGCAAGAGAACUCCAAGACGAAAUCAAUAGCGGGAACAAAAGUUUAGAUUCAAUGAACUUAAUGGAUAUUAGAAAGGUCAUGCAAAGAAACUCUUCAAAACUGAUUGGUGGAUCUGUUGAUAAUAUGUUGAAGACUGGUAGAAUGACAACACGAUAUGGUAUAGACUUGCCUCAGAGUGCUGGUAUGACAGUUCAAGCAGACAGGCUUAAUUUCCUUCGUUUCAUUUCACAUUUUCGAGCUGUUCAUCGUGGAGCUUCUGUUGCUGGUCUUCGUACUACUAGUGUGCGCAAGCUCUUGCCCGAAUCAUGGGGUUUCAUAUGCCCUGUCCAUACCCCUGAUGGAGAGCCAUGUGGAUUGCUCAACCAUAUGACUUCAUGCUGUCGUAUAACAUCAUUUUAUGAUUCGGGUGGAAAUCUUAAGGACUUCUUCAAGAUGAGAAAGUCUAUAUUGACCAUCUUAAUUGGAGUUGGAAUGAUCCCGUCAUGGCCAAGGCUUGUACAAUCUGCUCUACCUGAAGUUUUUUCUGUGCUAUUAGAUGGUUGUGUUGUGGGCACUAUAGCAUCGAAUAUGGUGGAAAAGGCUGUUACCCACUUGCGAAGAUUAAAGCUAUCAGCAAACUCAAUGAUUCCUGAUGAUCUUGAGGUUGGAUAUGUUCCUUUGAGCAUAGGUGGAACUUACCCUGGUCUCUACCUGUUUACAUGUCCUUCUAGAUUUGUGAGGCCUACCAAAAAUUUAGUGCCUCCUCCCACGGAAAGUAACAACAUCGAACUUAUUGGACCAUUUGAGCAGGUGUACAUGGAGAUACGAUGUCCUGAUGGCGGAGAUGGUGGAAGGAAAGAUUUAGGUCCGGCCACUCAUGAGGAAAUUCAUCCAACUGGAAUACUCAGCAUGGUUGCCAAUUUAACACCAUGGUCUGAUCAUAAUCAGAGCCCACGUAACAUGUACCAGUGUCAGAUGGGAAAGCAAACAAUGGGUUUUGCUUCACAAGCUAUAAACUGCCGUGCUGAUCAGAAACUAUAUCAUCUUCAGACUCCCCAAACUCCAAUAGUCCGCACUGGUACAUAUGAAAAGUAUGGCAUUGAUGAGUUUCCUUUGGGCACAAAUGCAAUCGUGGCAGUUUUGGCUUAUUCAGGAUAUGAUAUGGAGGAUGCCAUGGUUUUGAAUAAAUCAUCAGUGGACCGUGGAUUUUGUCAUGGCCACAUAUACCAGACGGAAUCCAUAGAUUUAGCAGAGAAAAAUAGUCGAAAAACAAGGAUGUUCAGAAGAGAUGGGAAGUCAUCAAAAUUACUGAUUGAUUCAGACGGUCUUCCGCAUGUUGGCCAGACUAUUAGACCAGAUGAGCCAUAUUGUAACAUCUACGAUGCGGAUACAAAUCAUACAAGAAGUCAAAAGUUAAAGGGCACAGAACCCGCUAUUGUUGAUUAUGUUGCGGUCGAUGUUAAAAACAAAAAACAUCUUCAAAAGGUUAAUAUACGCUUUAGACGUCAGAGAAAUCCUGUGAUUGGUGAUAAAUUCAGCAGUAGACAUGGGCAAAAAGGUGUUUGUUCACAGUUGUGGCCAGAUAUUGAUAUGCCAUUUUCAGGAGUUACUGGGAUGCGACCGGAUCUUAUUAUUAAUCCCCAUGCAUUUCCUUCAAGAAUGACGAUUGCUAUGCUUUUGGAAUCCAUGGCUGCUAAGGGUGGUUGCUUGCACGGGAAAUUUGUGGAUGCAACACCAUUUUCCAGCUCAUUGAAGAAGACUGAUGAAAAGAAAACAUCGGAGUCCAAUACUCUUGUUGAUGAACUUGGUUCUAAGCUGACUGCCCUUGGGUUUAAUUAUCAUGGUGUGGAGGUACUAUACAGUGGUGUUUAUGGCACCGAACUAACAUGCGAGAUCUUUAUUGGUCCUGUCUACUAUCAACGGCUCCGUCAUAUGGUUUCAGACAAAUAUCAGGUUCGUUCUAGUGGAAGAGUAGACCCAUUAACUCGACAGCCUGUCAAGGGAAGAAAGCAGGGAGGAGGUAUUCGGUUUGGAGAAAUGGAACGUGAUUCCCUUCUUGCACAUGGGGCAGCAUAUUUGUUGCAUGACAGGCUUCACACGAGUUCUGAUCAUCACAUUGCUGAUGUUUGUUCAAUAUGUGGAAGUAUCCUGACAACGUCAGUAUCACAGCCUCAAAAGCGAGUAGUUCGGGAAAUUGCCGGCAUUCCUCCUGGUAGAGAUCCCAAGAAGGUAGCAUGUGUUGCUUGCAAGACUAGCAAGGGAAUGGAAACUGUUGCAAUGCCAUACGUGUUUAGAUAUUUAGCUGCUGAAUUAGCAGCUAUGAACAUAAAACUGACCCUCCAACUUAAAAAUGAAGCAGGAGCCUGAUUUUACAGACAUUAUUAUUUUUUUCCUUUUUUUUUUCCCAUUUAAUGCUUUAAUGAUGCAUGUCUUAUUUUGUAAGGUUGUAAUUUAUAUGGUAUUUUUUUACCAAAUUUGUAUACCUGCUAAUGAAAUAGCAUGUAAGAAUUUUGUCUAAUGAUUAGCUCGAGUUCUGGAAACUAUUAUGAUUGCAUUAUAAAGGUGGAAAAUUGAUUUGCCGGGGUA